AUCAGGUUAUGAAAUCCAGGAAUGGUGAAGCAUCAAAUGGUUUGCUCGGUGGUCUAAAGCUGCCUGUUGGCAUGAAGCGGAUCAUGGAUUGCCUUGAGAAACUGUGCAAAUGGUAUGAAAGCCCGAGCAUAUUAUUAAUGAGCGACUCAUGUUUUUCCUCUUUUACAAGUCCGAGAAAGUCAGAUUGCGCGAAAUUUUAUUUUCGACCGUUGAGAUCGACUCCGGAAAAAUGUUUCCGGAAACAUAUUUCCACCCGAGGGGUGCAAAUAUGUUUCCGGAAUUUUUUAUUUAUUUUUUUUGCUCGUUGGCGCUGCUCCUGGCGUCUCUCUCCUCCUCGUCUUGCUCUUCUCAUCCUUCGCAGCUGUCUCACCCUGCUCAUCCUCCGCAGCUGCCUCACCCUGCUGCUUCCUCAACCCCCACCGCAGCCUCAACACCAGUCUCUGUUUUCCUCCUCACGACUUUCUCAUUCUGCUGAAAGGAGUCUCCCUCAAAACCCUCUCACUCUCUCACUCGAAACCCUCGCGACUUUUUUUCACCCAACCUGCCUUCGUCACGCCUUUCCCCUUCUCUCCUUGCUGCUACCUCAGACGCCUUCCGUCGCCAGCACAGCGUUCUUCCUCCUGCACAGCGUUCUCACCAGUGGCUUGAUUUGGGCAUCUCCUCACCAGCGUAAGCGUCUAGCAGGGGUGAAAGACAACGGAUUACCACUCAACAAUGAGGAUACAACUAUACUUACAAACUUGCGGGUUGCUGAUGGUCAUGAAGAUAAAGUUCUGUCCAACAGCGCCACACAUAUAGAACAGGAAGAUGUCCCACGCUGCUCAAACGAUAAAAGUUUAAAACAGAAAAAAGGGACGCAAGAACGAGGGAAGCAGAGAAAAGACAGAGAGAGAGACCGACCUCCGGUGUGCCGCGUCCAUGAAGACCUCCCGACGGCAAGCUUUCUGGUGUCGAUGAGCGAGAGACGCCGACACAGAUCGUCCGUGAAGACCUCCCGACGGCAAACUUUAUGCAAUAGCACUUUCUGCAAUGCAAUAAUACGUGCCAAAUUGUAG